AAUACAUUACAGCGUGAAGCAGAAAAAUGGCAGCUGGCGAGUAGAGAGGAUCUUCAUCCGGUGGAAAGAUUAAUCUACAGGAAGCUCACCUGGUCAGGUUUGUCGUCAUCAUGGGGAAAACUGCUCUGAAAGAUCUGAGGGACGGAAGGAAGGACAAAUCAGGAAGGAUGGCUCCUCUGACGCCUCCUGCAAAUAAUACAGACUCCUUCAGCUGGGAGGACUAUCUGAAGGAGACGUCAGCUACCCCUGCCCCCCCCGCCUGCUUCAGACAGGCCAGGGUCCCCCCCUCCAAUGACUUUAAAGUGGGGAUGAAGCUGGAGGCUCGGGACCCCCGUAACUCCACGUCUGUUUGCAUUGCCACGGUGAUGGGUCUAACGGGGGUCCGGCUGCGUCUGCGACUCGACGGUAGCGACAACAGCAACGAUUUCUGGAGGCUGGUGGACUCCUCCGACAUCCAGCCAAUCGGGAGCUGUGAGAAGAACGGUGACAUGCUGCAGCCCCCCCUGGGGUUCCGGAUGAACGCCUCCUCCUGGCCCAUGUUCCUGCUCAGGACCCUGAAUGGAGCGGAGAUGGCUCCAGCCUCUGCCUUUAAAAAGGAGCCCCUGCGGCCCCCUCAGAACCUGUUCAGACCCGGCAUGAAGCUGGAGGCCGUGGACAAGAAGAACCCCUACCUGAUCUGUCCGGCGACCGUGGGGGAGGUGAAGGGCGACGAGGUGUUCGUCAUGUUCGACGGCUGGAGGGGGGCUUUCGACUACUGGUGCCCCUACGACUCCAGAGACAUGUUCCCCGUGGGCUGGUUGCUCACCAAGCACAGCCUGCAGGCCCCUGGAAACAGUGUCUCUCUUCCAAAGCCCCUGCAGACCCUCCCUGCCUCCCCCUCUAAGCCUAGCAGGAGGUCCCUGCAGCCCCCCCACAGGCUGCCCACCCCCCUGCCCACGCUGCCGGUCAGGAAGGGGGUCCGGGGCCGCCGACCGAAGAGCGAGACCCUGGCUCUGCUGAAGGCUGUGGCCGAGGCGGCCGCCCUGAACGGAGCCCAACCUGAAGACUCAACGCUGGAGCCCCGACUCCCCAAGAAGAGGGGCCCCAAACCUGGGAGCAAGAGGAAGUCCAAGAUGCUGCAGAGCCCCCUCCAACUGCAGAGCAUGCAGGUCCCUCAGGACGGCCCCCCCAGCCUCGCCUCUGUGGUCUCUACAGUGUGUGUGUACGUGAAUAAGAGUGGGGACUGCGGCCCCCACCUGGACAGGAAGCAGAUGCAGCGUCUGCCGGAUCACUUUGGCCCGGGUCCUGUAAAUGCCGUUCUGCAGCAGGUGGUGCAGGCAUGCAUCGGCUGCAGCCCCCAGCCCUUAGUCCUGCUGAACAACCUGCAGAGCCAGGCCGGGGGUGGGGGCGCUGUCAGGGUGAGGACGGAGGGUGGGGUCCGGGUGGUCCGGCUGCCCUCAGCCUCCAGUGCGUCCUUCGUGCUCCGCUUCCUGGAGAACAUGUGUCGACAGCUACAAUGUGACAGUCUGUUCAGCAGCCAGCCAUUCAGCUUCUACCACAGGAAGUCAGUGAAGCAGGAGACUCUGGACGCCCCCUCUCUGGUUCGGGGGGGUAAGAGGAGUCUCUCUGGGGUCUCCCCCCUGUAUGCUGCCCCCCUCUCCCCCAAAAUCCUCCGGCCGGAAGCCCACCCCUCAGAAGCAGAGACCCAUGAAGAUAGCACUCUGAUGAAGGAUCAGCGCUUCAUGGACUCGGCCUCCGUUACCCCCUGCCCCCCCACCCUGCACAGCUCCGAGUUCCCCCCCCACCCCGGCAGUACAACAGCCCCCCGACGCCUUGCCUCCCCCCCCUCAGAGCCGGGGACCAAGCAGCCCCUCCGACGGGUGGAAGCAGCCAGCUCCACCACUGGUCCGGAGGUGGGGGGGAUCUCUGAGGGUCCCGGCAGGAGUCCGGCCUGCUGGAGCAUCGAGGAGGUGAUGCAGUUUGUGAGGGAGGCCGAUCCUGCAGCGUUAGCCCCCCAUGCUGAGCUCUUCAGGAAACAUGAGAUCGACGGCCGGGCCCUCCUGCUGCUGCGCAGCGACAUGAUCAUGAAGUACAUGGGUCUGAAGCUCGGCCCCGCCCUGAAGCUGUGUCACCACAUCGAGAGGCUGAAGCAGGGCCGGCUGUAAAAGGCGGGGCCACAACCAGCAAUAACCCUCGGGGGUACCACCAGGGGGACCACCAGACCCCGGGGCCACCGGGUUUCGUGGGCCCCAUGUUACUGCUGACUCUGAGGGCCCCACCACCAGAGGGCAGACACAUUACCUCACCCCCUAGGAUAACGUGCAUCCCAAAGACCUGCAGUGUUUGCAGUGCACGUGGCCCUCGUGCACGCUCCCAGGUUUGGACUGACUGGUCCGCUCAGACCCGCAGAAGGAGGAUGUUUCUUCUUCUGUUUUUAUUCCCGUUGACUCCCAGCUGACUCCCAGGAGCCUCAGGAAGUUCCCUCCCCCGCAUCAUUAUUAUCACAUGAUGAAGACUGUUCACGUUUGCCUGCACUACGGGGGGGGUCUAUCACCCGUACGUCAUUCCGUUUUCUCCUCCUCGCUCCACAGAGGCUUUUAUUUUGUUAACCUUCAGCUUCCUGUGAGCGCCUCCUGCAGAUCCUUUGUUCCCUUUCUGAGUCCUGGUUCAUUAAUCAGCUCAUCACUUGCCGCUUUUCCACCAACCCGGAGCCGGAACUGGAGCCGAUUAAAGAUCUGGUUUUUCGUGUUUCCACCGCAGCGGCGCCGGCUUUAAGCAUCGAAAAACCGGAUCUUUCUGGCCCCACUCGGCUGCCUGGCAAGAUCCAAGAACCAAAUACGUCACUCUUACUUUGGAGGGGGGGGAUUAACCUGAGCUUACAGCUCAUGGAGUACAGCGAGUACAAGUUGUAACAGCAGUAUCUCUGAGCACAGGGACUACAGCGCGACCACACACUGAUACACACACACUUUAUAAAGUCCGGCAGCACUAACCGGGUCAGUGUGGUGCUGUUUACUCACCGUACUUUAAUCACCGUUCUGUUAGUGAGCAUUGGGAAGAGCAGGCAGACGCUCUCCUGUGUAUUAUUGCAGCUAUGGGAUGGAAUCAGUACAUGGGCUACACAGGCUGCCAUCACAAGCAAAACCAUAAGGAAAACUACGCCGGUAAAAUGAGUAGAAACGGCUUCUGCCUCAACAGGAUGUCAGAGCAGUGAAGGUAGUCAGAGGAGCUGUGCUGACAUCACCUGUCUAAAGCCAGAGACACUCUCAGAACAGCACUGUGAAGAAACAGCGUCAGUUCAGACUGAACACAGUCACUGAUGGGGGGGGGGGGGUAUGCAGCAGCUGCUCGUGGGACAGACAGACAGACAGUAAAUAUGAAUCAGUCAGAGGGCACGCAAACGAGGACGCAAUGAUGCAGCUCCACAUGAGCUCCACUCGGCCUCUGAGUAGUAGAAACACAAGGGGUGCUACAGACUAGAACCAGAGAAGCGCCAGAAAAGCAAAAGAUCGGAUCUUGAACCGGAUCCAGUUUGGUGGAAAAGGGGCAAGAGCAGAUCCUCUGUUCCUGUUCUCAGUCCUGGUUCCAUCAGCUCAUCACAGGGAUGGGAAUCACUAAGCCUGACUCCAUAUUUAUUCUGCAGUCUGCUGGUCUGGUUCCUGAUCUGGACCAGGACCAGGUGUUCAUCAGUUUAUAUUCUGUAUUAAUCUGCACCGUGUUUCAGGAACCUCCUCACUGCUGAUGCUUUCAGAAUAAAAGACCUAGGACCUGAAUCAGGAAAAUAAAGAUUAAUAAUACAUGUUCCAAUGUUACUAAUCUGGAGUAUGUUCACUUCCUCUUUGGGACGAAACCAAACUGAUCAACUCGAUUUUCUAUUAUGUAAAACAAUACAUAAACCUUGAACUGAAAAUCAGUUUUUCUUAAACCUAAUAUAAUGUGUAGAAGAUCAAACUGCUGUUUAGUAAGAAACGUUAUUCCGUGUUUUAAACUGGUUUUAAAACUACAAACCGUUUCACCGUUAAUGAGAAGAAUUAAGGUCUGUUUUAAGGAAAUCUGGAUUAUUUCUAUAUAAAUUAAAGACAUCUGGAGGUUUCUGUAACACGCCUGAAGAUUUCUGGAGACUUAAUUUAUUAAUGUCAUCAGGGUUAAAGAGCAGGGUCUGUAGGGUCUGAGGACCUGGAAUAUUCAUGUGUCAUUACCUGUAGGUUUACCUGGGUAUAGGUGGUGCAGACUGAGUCAUGUUCACCUCCUGAUCCCCUGAGACCCGCCUCUGUUCUGAGUCAUAUCUAACUCCUGAUUAGCCCGCCCCCCCCCCGUUGCUCCCUGUCAGCAUAAGAACAGUCGUGUACAGUUUUAUGGGUUUCACCAUGAGCAUCAGCGACAGAAUGUACAUUUUGUAGAAAUGUUUGAAUGAAAUCACAGUUAGAGAUGUGAAGGCUCCUCUUUUAUAAGACGUUAGAUGUGUUCAGUAACAGGUUUGCCUGCUUCCUGCAGCAUCUCUCAGGUUCCUGUCUCUUUUGUAGCUGUUUAUAAUAACUGACAGUGUUUGCUGUUACUCCUUCCUGCUUUCACAGUGCCAUAAGACCCUCACAGGGGGAAGUCCCCUCAUUUCCUCCUCCUCUUCUUCAGACUACUUGAAAAUAUUUGUCGACCAGAUAAACAGUGUGUUUCUGA